AUGGAAGCAACAAGAGUGCGUCUCAAUCUCAUUAACUCUCACCUUCUUGGCUCUUUCCAGUUUGAGUCCAAAGAUCUUUCCUUACUCCCCCCCUCCGUGAGUGAACAAAACCAUUAGAAAAAAAUCGCUAUUUUUUGCCCAAAAACCCCACCCUCCGUGAGUGAACAAAAAUUUUUUUAAUAGAAAAAUUUUUUAUGGAAAAAAAAUUUGAUAUAUAAAUGAUAAUUAGUAUAAUGAAAUCUAGAGCUAAUUCUGUUUAAUUUUAAACAAAUUGUUUUUUAAAACAUAAAUUUUAUAAAUUAAAUUAAUAUUUGCUUUCCAAUUUUUGUCAAUUAGGAUUUUUUGAAAUUUCGAAAAAAAAUAUUUUUUUAUAAAAUUUAUAUAAAUUGUUUUUAAAAAAAAAAUUAACCCCCUCGUGAGUGAACAAAAUUUUUUUGUUCACUCACGGAGGGGGGGGAGUUAGAUGAAUACAGAGCUCGUGGGAAAAAAUUCAAUAAAACCCUUCUCCACGACAAAAUGUUGGAACCUUUUGGUGAAAUGUAUAAACUCCAAUGGAGCCUUAUCAAAGAAAGAGAAGACUUAUUUAACCAUUGUUUAGCUACCGGCUUAUCAAAAGAUGCCUUAGAAGAGCGAAGCAUUCGUCAGUUUAUGUACUUGUUCCCAAAAUGUGGACUGACGCUCGAAGAAGAUUUAAAGAAUCCUCUGAAAAAGUUAUCAAUUGUAGUCUCAUUCUGCACAAAUGAUAUAAAUUUGACUUCAAGAGGGCACAUGCAGCUCCUUUUAUACGCAGAAAUGCUUACUUAUUUAUCAACAGAAAAGCAUGCGAACUUGAUAAAGCGCGCUUACGAAUUAAAAGACUUUGGAUGCUUAGGAAUGACUGAAAUUGGCCAUGGGUCCAAUCUCGCAAAAGUUGAAACAACUGCAAAAUAUGAUAUAGAGAGAAAAGAAUUUACAAUAACUUCCCCAACACCAACUGCAGCUAAAUGGUGGAUUGGCAACGCCGGUAAAAUCGCAAAUAUGGCGAUUAUUUUUGCCCAACUUAUUAUUAAAGAUACGAACUAUGGAGUCCACGCAUUUGUUGUCCAGGUUAGAGAUAACCAAACUCACGAGACACUAAACGGAAUCACCGUUGGAAACUGUGGUCCAAUGGCUGGGCUAAAUGGAAACGACACAGGGUUUUUGAUUUUCAAAAAUUAUAAAGCUCCAUAUGAUUGUUUACUCGACAGAUUUGCACAAAUCACGCCAGAAGGGGACUUUAAAAGCUCAAUUAAAAGCCACGCUAGAAGGUUCGGAAUAACUGUUUCGCCUUUGAUUUGUGGAAGAAUAGUUUGCUUCGCUGGCACUGAAAACUAUGCUAGAAAUGCUCUUACAAUUGCGAUUAGAUAUGCAGCUAUCAGAAAACAGUUUGGUGGAGACACUGAAAAAUCUAUUCUUGACUAUCAGCUGCACAGAUAUAGACUAAUGCCGCAUUUAGCUACCUUAUUCGCAUCAAAUAUGGCUACAAAGCUGAUAGCAAAAGCAUAUAAUGAAAGCAUGCUUAUUAUACGCUCCAAUCCUGAGUCUAAUGAAAUUAGCGAUUUUAGUUGGCUUGUAACUAUAUUCAAAGCAGUCAACGUGUGGAAUAACCUUAAAACAAUUCAAGAAUGUAGAGAGGCUUGUGGAGGCCAUGGGUAUUCAACUUAUGCUGGGUUUAUUAAGCUCAAGCAAGAUUGCGACGCAAUCAUAACGACUGAUGGAGACAGCAAUAUUUUGAUACAGUCAGCAGAGAGAUACAUCCUGCAAGCUGCACAAGCAGCUAUGGGCGGAAAAACUGUUAAAUCAAAAUAUUUGCAGUUUAUCAAUCUUCAACCUACAAAGCCGAAAUUCGAAAAUAAAGACCAAUUAAAAAAUCCUGAGUUUUUGGUAUCUUUAUUUGAGUACAGGUGCAAUUAUUACUUGUCUAUAGCACUAAACAAAUUCCAAGAAAACAUGGGGAAUUACCCAAGCAUGGCAAUUGCUUGGGACAAUACUCAAGUAAGGCAGCUAUUCGUACUCCCUCAGAUUUGUGGAGAACUAGUUCUAUUAAAAGAACUUAUUAACUUUAAACAGGAGUUAGCCCAAACCUGUGCAAAUACAGGCGAUAUUAUAUUAAGUAUAUUGGUUCUUUAUGCGAAUCAUAUCUUAGAAACAGAUUCAGGAGCUCUUAAAACUCAAUUUACCGAAGACGAAGUCAAGUGGAUUAAUGAAAUCGUAGUUGAAUAUUGCAAUGAAGUUGGUGAAAACUCUGUUAACAUUAUUGACGCUCUUGCGUUCCCAGACCAUGUUAUAGCGUCACCUCUAGGCCAUAGCGAUGGACAAAUCUAUGAAAGAUAUACAAAAGUGGUAGAAGAUGCUCCUGAGUGCUAUGAAAAACCGAAAUGGAUAAAUAUUGUCCAGGAAAAUAGAAGGGCUUAA